AUGUGGGACCGUCGCAGAGGCUUGGCCAACGCCGCAGGCAGAGGCACAGCUAGAGGCACAGGCAGUUUGGGCAGUUCCAGAAGCCCGCCAGGCACGGACAAGGGUCCUGCUAGCGCCUCCUUCAGUGGCCCGCAGCAAUCUUCAGCGUCUUUGGCAGGGUCCGAAUCGCUCUUUUGCGCACGCCAUCACCCUGUUACUGCUGCUGCUGCUGCUGCUGCUGCUGCUGCUGCUGCUUCACGGCAAACUGCCUCUACUAGCAACCAUCAUACUAAUAAUAAGCAACGCCUCGUUUGCCCACGCCCCAACCACAAGGCAUACUCGCUCUCGUCUUCAUAUUCACCUUCUCAGUUCGACAUCGACAUUGGGCUCGGCCUCGACCACUCCCUCAGCGCCCUCGGCAUCACCACAGACGUUACACACAAAUAUCGCAUCCUCAAGGGCAAAGCUGUCCCCCAGUCUCUUUACCCAGAAGACUCAUAUACCUCUCGCCUCGAUUGUUCCACCAGCUCUGGCUCCUCUCCAGACCUUGAACCACCUCCUCGCAAUCCGCGCCGCCUCCAGCAGCUGCGCUACCAAACGGCCUUUGCUCCCACCCGUUCUUCAUCCCUUUACAGCGCCGACGAAAGCGAUCCCGACGACGACGCCUCUCCAACCACGAUUCGCUUGGGCGUCGCUGCCCUCGACAUGGCGCAACCACUGGCCAUUCAGCCAGUUUCCCCUCCCAGCUCUCCAGAAAUCAAAGCCUGGCGCACCAGCACACGCGCAGAGAACGUCUCGCCCAUUGACGAGGAUUCGGACGCUUCGCUAGAGGAAUUUGUCCAAGCUAUCAAAGGAGAUCGUCGAGGCCUGACUCCUCCCGUUGAGCCUCCCCACUACAGCCAAAUUCCCGUUUCUCAGCGCGACCUGCCUGCUCCGCCUCGUCGUGGCCCGUAUCGCGGACCAGACAUAGACCGAGCGCCCGCAUAUCAGCGAGCACCUUCACAAAGAAAGCCCGUCAGCGACGAAAACGCGCAAUGGCGUCCACAGCCGCAAAGCGAGCCCCCUCGCGGGUUGAGACAGCGACCGCAGCAGCAGACCUUUAUCCCCGAGCGAGACUUAUCGUUUGGUCUACGCUCCAAACAGACAGAUGGACGGGCCAUGCCGCUCGAGACCAGACCGGCAUGGCAAGGCGCCAGUGGCCGUGAGCAGCAAAUGGGCGCGAUGCGAGAUGAUCCAAACGUUGCGCCUCUUUCCUUACCCGCCAAGCCUGGCAAGCGGAACGCCGCCAAGGGCGAGAGCCACUUCCGCGCCCGGCUCUCACAUAUUGGAAGCCCGCGUCUGGAUGGAACUAGCGGUCCUGGUGCUGCCAUGCGCAAACUCAUAUCCUCAAAAACACACAAAAAGGCCAACAGCCUCGCCACGCAGUCUCCUCGCACCCAGUACAACAUUGAUGCCAACCAGCAGAGCCCCAAUCCAUACCCAUCUCCGCCCUAUGAGGACAGGUACAGAAUGACAUCGACAUCCCCCCAGCUACAACAUUCACCAGGCCAAAGCAUCACUAUUAAACGCAAACCGCCUCCCGGUGCACAUGUCGACAGAAACAGCAACCAUGCGCAUCCUUUGGCCUCCAGUCCCAUCAACGAGGAUGACAUCCCGAAACCACCAACGCCUGAAAGUCCAGCUGCCCAUCACCAUUCGCGAGGCGACGCUUGGACGCAGCCUAGCUCACGGUUCAGCAUGACAACCUACGCCACAACUGCCGACGGAGUGACUUCUAUCGAAAACUCCCCCGCUAUUGGUAUGGAAUCGCCGCGUUUGUCCAUCUCAUCUUCUUUCGGCGGCCCGGUGUCUAGGAAUGAGCACCUGCGGUCCGUCUCAGAUGCUCCGUUUGCCACGCGCAGUGGUUUGGAAUUGAGACCUGACUCUGUGGCGUCAGACAAAACCAUCAAUAGGCUUGGUGGCUCCGGAUCAGAAGCCGCCGCCGCCGCCGCUACACCACGGCGAGCCUCGCUAUCGUCUCUGAGCAAACCGCUGCCACGCGCGCCGCCAGAGGUUUCGGCCGGCGACAGAGUGGGACAUCUCACUGCGCAGCUAGAGGGAUUGGCCAACAGGCGCCUCAAUAUCAACCGAUGUGUUAAGCAGAUGACGGAACUCAUUCCCAUCGACAAUCUUCUCGACAGUGACGCGGUGCAGGAGAGACGAGCGUCGGAACGAAAAAAGGUCGACGCUUUGAAAGCCGAGCUGGCAGAAAUACAACGAGAAGAGCACGAACUCGGUCUCAUGCUUCACCGUGCCUACAAGCGGCAGAACAAGGAGGCAGUGUACGAGCCCACGACUCUGUGGGUCAGACGAGUGGCUGGUUAA